CAGGAAGAGAAAGAAGCGUCCUUGGAGAUUCGGCUGUUAAUGCACUUCAGAGUCUUUGUGUCUUUACAAUGGAUCUGUCAAAGAACUGACUUCUAAUACCGUCGCCGAGGCCAAUGACAAAAGUCAUUAAACCUUGGAAGUCAACAUGAGCGCAGCUGCUCUCAUAGGAGACCAGCUGAUCCUUGAGGAGGACUACGAUGAGAACUACAUAGCAUCCGAGCAAGAGAUCUUUGAGUAUGCCAGAGAGAUCGGCAUUGAUCCCGACACUGAGCCGGACCUCUUGUGGCUGGCCAGGGAAGGCAUUGUUGCCCCUCUGCCUCCCGAGUGGAAGCCUUGCCAGGAUGUGACGGGAGAGAUCUACUAUUUCAACUUCUCCACUGGCCAGUCCACCUGGGAUCACCCCUGCGACGAGCACUACCGCCGCCUGGUGGGACAGGAGCGAGAGCGCACCCAGCUCACAGCCGCCGCCGGAGCCCCGGGAGACAAGAAGAAGGAGAAAAAGAAGACAAAGAAGGAAAAGAAGGAGAAGAAAGAGAAUAAAAAGAAGAAGGAGCCACUCAGGACACCUGGAGCACUGAGUUCCUCAUUGGGACCCUUGCCGUCCCCACUCGGCAGCUUGGCUCCCCUGAGAGGGCUGGACGCACCUUUGCAGGGUCCUCUCUCUGGUUCUGCCCCCGCUCUGCGGGGGUCUCUAAGCAGCUCCGGAGGGCUGGAACCCCUCAGGACAUCUUCCAGGGGUCUCCGAGGCAGCGGCGCCCUCAGUGUUCUGGGAAGCCGACAAGAGGAGAAAGUAUUGCUUGACCUGCCUGCUUUUAAUGAUGAGAAUAAUGAAGACAACGUCUCUGAAAAUGAGCCAGAUUCUCGGGGCUCGGAUAGGCCGCUCAAGAAUCUCCACUUCGACCUGGACGACCUCGGAGCAGGCCUAAAGGAUGAGGGCAGUGAAGGCAGCGAUUUGGUUCCCCCCGAGGAGAGGACGGAGCCAGAGUUGCAGGACUUGGCCAUGUCUGGAGACCAGAGCCCCGAGCUGCCUUCAAAGCAGGAGCCUCUGAAGGGCGGCCACAUGCGUCUGUCUCCACAGGCCAGCGGUGGAAAGCAUCCUCCCUCCGCUGAACCCGACGACUCUGAAGAGAUAGAAGAAGAGUUACAUGAAGUGGAGGAAGAGAAGGAGGCGAAGGGAGGUGCAGUGAAAGAGGGAAAAGAGGAAAAGGAAGGAGAGCAGAGAGGAAGUGGAGCAGCUGUCGAGGGUGAGAAAGGGGGAGCGAGUGAUGAGGUGGAGGAGGAUAGCUGGGAUGGAGAGAAAGAAGGGAAAGUGUCCGGAAACGUGAAGCAUAGAAAUGAAGAAGAAGGAAGUGACGGAGGUCAGAAAUCAGACCGGCGUGUUGAAAGCAGAGACAGGAAGACGACUGAAGAGAGCGAUGAGGAUGAUGGGAACUCCACCGAGGAGAAAGAGGAGGUGCAAAUGGUAGAAGAGGACGAAGAUGGGAGUAGUGAAGUUGCGGAGAAGCGUUUCAGAAGUGGUCAAGAUGGAGGGAAGGCGGAGGAGGAAGAGGAUAAAACAGACGACGAGAGAGACAUAUCUGAAGCAGGGGACACGGAGAGUGAAAAAAAGAAGGUGGAGGUCAUCAGGAGAGGAGGGCAGAAGAAGGAGGAGGAUGAGGAGGGAGUGAGUGAGGAGGUGCUGGACAGGUGCUCCCUGAGCCAGAGGAAACUGACGGAGAGCGACGAGGAGGCGUUAGAGAGGUGCGUGAAGAGCGAAGGAGAAGAAACGGAGGGGGAGGGAGUGGAGACCGAGGACGGGCUCAGAGCGUCAGAGAGCGACGAUGAGGCCGUCGAGGUCUUUAAACGGGAGACGCCAACGGCAGAGCCCGGCCUUGAGCCGCCGCGCCAAACGAGAGCCGCUCCCACUGACCCGAUGAACAGUGUGAACGCAAAACCCCUCCUUCGUGCAGAGGACUCUGAGGCCAGUAGGGAGCUGGAAGAGACGUCCUUUUCCGUAGAUGUCAAGCUGUCAAAGAAAGUUCCAGAAAUUAAGGACCUCAAUGGGAGAAUCGGUCAGCAGGAGAAAUCAGAAGAAAAAGAAGAAGUGGACACGGACACCGACGAAAGGCACGUCCAGGCCAAAAGCAAAGACGAGCCUCUGGUCCAUGAAGUCAGCCGACUCGUCCUUCACCAGUCCAGUCCUUCGCUCUCUUUCUCCGGCUCCUCCCACUCAGAGGAGAUCCCUCUGGAACGGGGCGAGCCCCCGGGCCUUCAGAGACCCCAGAGCUCCAGAGGCCGCCUGGUUCGCACCUCCAACACCCAGCUGGACGACGCCGAGGUCUACGUGAAGAACAGAGAAACAACAAUCCUGAAAGACAGGGAGAAGAAAGAAGAUGGAGACAGGGGGGAAGAGGAGGAUGAAGAGAGGCUGAAGAGGAACACCGAGCGAGAGCUGGAGGGAGAGAGGGAGCGCAUGCAGAAGGAAAAAGAAAGGAGAAUUCAAAUUCUCCAGGACGAGCUCCGGAGAGAAGAGGAGCAGGAGGAGAGGAGGCUGAAGGAGCAGAGUGAGGAAAGACUCAGGACUCUGCGACAGCGUCUCCUCUCCAGGAGGACGGAAGAGGAAGCCAGGCUGAGCAGGGAGUCCGACCAGAAGCUGGAAGAGCUCAAACAGUCUGUCAAGAAAGAGAGAGAGGAGCAGCAGCAGCAGAUCAGGGAGGAAAGCAAGGCAAUUCUUAAGGAGUUACAAGUCAGCGUAGAGGAGGAGCGAGCGGCGGCGCGCAGCCAACUGGAGGACGAGAAGAGGCGAGACUUAGAGCGCCUGAAGGAGGAGUCAGAGGGGGAGCUGCAAGCUGAGAGGAGGAGGCUGCAAAGAGAGCGCGAGGACCAAGUGAACUCCAUCAAACAGGAGGCGAGAAGCACCGAGAGGAGGAGGGAGCUGAUGAUGAGUCCACGGCCCGAACACCAACUGGCAGAGUACCACCGCGAGCUGGGCGAGGUGCUCCAGGAAGUGCGUGAGGAGGUGCAGCGCGACCACGAGAGGAAGCUGGAGCAGCUGAAGGACGACCACAGGCGAGAGAUGAGCAGCAUCAGAGAGAAAUACCUGGACGAGGAGACUGCUCAGAGGGAGCAGAUGCUGUCUGCUCUGAAGGACGACAGGGAGCGUCUUCAGGCCUCACACACUCUUCAGCUGGAGAAGCUUCGUCUUCAGCUGGACGCACAGAUCCAAAAGACUCAGCUGGCACACUCUCGCAAGGAAUCGGAGCUGAAAGAUCUGGCAGAUCAGCUGGAGCUGAGAGAGAAAGAGCUGAAGAGCCAGGAAGCCUUGCUGCUGACAAAGGCAGCAGAUCUGAGAAGAAGACGACAAAAGCUUGGAGAGGAGGAGCAGGAAGUGGACAGUCAGCUAGAGGCCUUACCGAGGCUGAUCCACGAGAGAGACCAGCUGAAGGAGGCGCUGAGAGAGGAGAAAGCUCAGGCCCGAGAGCUCGUCCAGGUCGCCCGGGAGGAGAGGAAUGAGGCCAGGGGGCAGGAGAGGAGGCUGAAGGAGGAGAGAGACAGAGCCAGGGAGGAGAACAGGAGGCUGAAGGAGGAGAACGGCCGCCUGCAGAGCAAGGUGGCCCUGCUGCAGGAGAGAUGCCAGCGGCUCAGCCUCCGACUCAGUGAGCUGGAUCAAGAGGCGGGAGUGAAGUCCUCACCCAGAUCUGAGCGGAACAAAAAGAAGGAGCAGGAGACGGCGCCUCCCGCUGAUCACAAAGAGCCGCUGCUGCACGUCGAUGACCUGGACGAGCCGCCUUUAUCUCCUGUCCCCGACAGCCACAGCAGCAUGGACGAGUUUCGGCCGUACAUCUCCUCACACGGCGCAACCAUCCAGAAGACCAAACUCUUCCUGGAGAGAGAGAGCAGCCGACUGCAGGAGAGGCAGGCAGCUCUGCAGGCCGCCGCCCAGAGCAGCUCCUCUCAGGGCCCGACUCAUCCGGGAGGAAUGACCCAGGAGAUGAUCAGAAGCCUCCAGCAGGAGGCCAGAAACGUGGCGGAGCUGCAGCAGACGGUUCAGACGGGAAACAGUCUCCUGAGGAGGCAAGAGGAGCAGCUGCAGCAGCUGGAGAGCUCCAUGGCUGAGGAGCCUCUUUUUGAGGAUCUGUCUCGACAUGCAGGAGAGAGGAAGGUCACCUUUGAUGUGACCGAGUCUGACCUGAGCAGCGCUGUGGAUCCGCCGGACGCUGCAGGACAUCAUCCCACUGUACCGGCCAAAGUCCAGGAAUUGGCCGAGUCUCUCCAGCAGAUCUCCAGCCAGCUCAACACCGUCCUGGGUGCUCUGGGCUCACUGGCUCAGGGGCAGGGAACCGUAAACCACCCCACCUCCGCUUCUGCCCCAGCCAUUCCCAACAUGCACCACCUGAGCGCCAGCUCCUUGGGUCCUCCUCCUCCUCCUGCAGCGAGGGUCUCACAGCCGCCCUGGGCUUGGCCACCGCACAGCGAAUCCUCCACAGCCAUGCCGCUCUUCAGCACGCCCAUCAGCGGCGGGCUGAGGGCCUCGGACGAGCUCAUCAACAGCCGAUGGAGCAGCAUAUUUCCAGGAGCGUCUAUUGAUCAGGCCACCUCCAGCACACAGAGGAGCAGUCCGGCUUACUCCUUAUACACUCCUAUCAGUGAUCACGACUCCUGGUCCACAAAGAGAUCGCUGCAGAUGGACGGCCAGAGGCUGCAGGGGCUCAUCGACGGCAACAAGAGGUGGUUGGAGAUGCGCAAGAAAGACACCAGCAUACCUCUCUUCACUCGCUAUCGGGCUCCCUCCUCCAAGACCGGCCUGGUCCAGCUGGGCCUGAGCGACAACAACCAGAUCAGAGUCUACCAUUACUGAGGAACGGAGCCGCACAUCCUCCAGGACGAUGGAGCACGAAUUGUCUAGGACCAGUCUGCAUCGCUGUGUUUACAUUGUACAGGAGGAGCAAAAACAAACAAACAAAAAAAAAACCUGCUGCAGAGGUUUUCAGGGAUAGUCCCGCCUCCUCUUCUGUGAUUGGCUGAAGAGAUGUUCACGUUCAGGGGCUCACAUGUCAAAGAGGGCUGAAGAAACCAGAAAAAGACUGAAGAUUUAAGCCAUUUAGACAAACCCACUUCUUUUAAUUCUCGUUUUUAAGGCUUGUCAGAUGAUACGUUUGUGUUUGUGUCAGACAAUCACAGUGAAGCACCUCCGUUUAAAGAAUUUAAAGAACUGAAAAUGUUUCACGUAAAAUGGGGAAUCAACAUCCUUGAUGUAAUCUGAAAAGACGAGUGGCGCACAUUUCUACCGUUAACCUGCUAGCUUGGGGCCAUUUGUCCUUGUAAUACCACUUAAUUCCACUAGGUGGGAUAGUGGCACAUAGCUCCAGUCAAUCAAGCACUUCAGACUGUUAUUACUGUACCAAGAAAGGAAAAAGCAGUAGGUGGAGAUCUGGCCACGUGAGGGUUUUUUUUCUAAGUGUGAUGAACUUUGUGGAGGCGCUAAUAAACUAUAUUGUGGACUAAAAGCACACAAAGCAAACGUCUUGAGUCGGUGUGCUUGUGAGAAGUGUUUUAAGUAGAGUUUUUUGCUGCUUUGAAGUCUGGGAGAACAAAAUCAGAAAGAAAGAUGCUGAAAACUGCAGAUUUGUUGGUUUUAGUAUUUUCUCCCGUCUUUGAUGCUGCUUCAGUGGAGGGUGAAGUUGUUCGACUGUUACAGUUCUGCUGUACUGUUGUCUAUUCAUGUUUUUAAAAAAAUAUACAGUAAGAAGCAGGAGAUUGUAGCAUCUACGUGUCCAGUCUCGCCUACUGCUCCUUUAAAGGCCAAAUCAACUUUUCUUCAAGAACACAUAAAUUACCCUAUGCUUUAGUUUUAAACAGAUUUGUGUUGUCAAAUGAAUUAUGAUACUUUGUAUGAAUCGCUUAGUUUUAUUUCCUGUUUAUUACAAACAGAAAUUCUUGAAAUGUUUUGUAAAUGUGAAGCCAUUUCAGUUGUAAUAUUCCUUUUUUACUCAGUGUCGCAGUGGUUUGUGUAAACAAUACAAACCUGUCUUUGUGCAUAUAUUUGUGUAGACGAUACUGUAUUUUUAUAAGAUAUUUGAAUAAAUAUUUUUUUUAUGUGUA